AUGAAUUUCAAAUUGAAUUGGGUCACUUUGUUUUGUACGGCCCUUUGGUUGCAUUUUGCGACGGCCAAUAAGGGUACUAUCACAGAGAAGCAGAAUCAAAUCUGCAGUGGUAUGUAUUCUAAAGAGGAUUGGAGUGGUCGUGUAGAUCCAUAUAUUUCGUUCGAUUUAAAGAAAUUGAACAAAGAAGGCAUCUCUGUGGUGAUCUUUGAUUUCCAAGAUUACAUCCACAUUGGGGCUAAGACGAAAGCGGGUGUAGUUAAGUAUAUCUGUGACGAAGAAGCGAUAAAAGAGAAUCUAUGUCAAGAAAAGAACAAGAACCAGUUUAUCAUUUCACCUGAAGCGUAUGAUCCAGAUAGUGAUACCGAAAAGUCAUUAAGUGCCGACAUUCAUACGUUCUAUGUGGGAAAUACAGGUCUUGUGAAGGACAAAUAUGCCAUUAAGAAAACUGGUUACUAUUGUGUUGGUACUUACGCUAAGGACACUGGGAUCUCUUACAAGGCUGAGGUAAAUUUCAGGAAUAGUUUUGGUAAUCUAGCUGCUUCUGAAAUUAACAAAUUGCCAUUGUAUGGGUUAUUGGCAAUCUUUUAUGUUGUCGCUAUGGCCUUGUACUUAUUUGCCUUCUGGAAACACAAGCAUGAACUAUUGCCCUUGCAAAAAUAUUUACUGGCUGCAUUUGUGUUUUUAACCAUUGAUACAAUCUUCAUUUGGGGUUACUAUGACUUGAAGAACACUAAGGGUUCGACCGCUGGUACCACUGUUUACAUGGUCAUUGUUUCAAUCUUGAACUCUGCAAAGAUCACCAUGUCUCUAUUCUUACUUCUUGUUAUUUGCAAAGGUUACGGUGUGGUUUACCCUAAAUUGAACAAGACCACGAUGAGACGUGUUCAAUUUUUCUCCGUACUUACGUUUGCUAUAUCUGUCGCUGCCCUUAUUCAAAACUAUAUGACUCCUUCAGAUUCGACAUCCAUGGUCCCAUUGUUUUUCUUUAUCCCAUUAGGCAUCUGUUUCAUGAUUUUCUACUUCUUGAUUCUACAAUCCCUCGAUCAAACUGUCAAAUACUUGAAGCAACAAAAGCAAAUCGUUAAAUUGGGCAUGUACAAAAAAUUGAUAAUUAUUUUUUAUGUCGCCUUAUUCGUUAUUUUUGGUGGUAUAAUUCUAUCCUCUUUUGUUUUAAUCGGUAUGAGUAGUAUCGAGAUGGUCGAACAACAUUGGAGAACUAGAUUCUUCUUUGUGGAUUUCUGGCCAUCCUUGGUAUAUUAUGCCGUAUUCGUUGCUCUUUCCUUCACAUGGAGACCUACAUCUACUUCUUAUAUGUUAGCUGUGUCGCAACAAUUGCCAACAGAUCCAGAAAAUGUUGCAGAUUUCGAUCUAGACGAUUUGCAAUCUUUGGAACAAGAAUGGAACCAAGAGUACGAACAACCAGCCGGAUCUGAACCAAAUGAAGCAGACCUAAAUUUCUCAGAUGAUGAAAACGAUAAGAAAAAGCCGGUGCAACCAUCAGCCUGA